AUGAUAAGCGGUUCCUUAGUUAGCACUAUUGUCACUAUAGGGAAUGUUAUGUCCUUCGUAUUCUUCUUCUCACCCGCUCCAACUUUCUACAAAAUUAUAAAAAAGAAGGAUGUGGAGGAGUUCAAGCCUGAUUUCUACCUAGUUACUUUGUUAGCUUGUGCUAUUUGGGUAUUUUAUGGAAUGCCUUUUGUGCAACCAAACGGCAUUUAUUUUGUUAUCAUAGAUGGGGUUGGCUUUGUUUUUCAGUUCGUCUAUCUUACCAUAUUUUAUGUCUAUGCCAACAACAAAGGAAGGAAGAAGUUGCUUCUCUAUCUUCUCAUCGAGGCUAUUUUCUUCGCUGCCAUUGUUAUCAUAACAAUGUUGGCACUACAUGACACUAAAAGGUCUUCUGUGGUUGGUAUUCUUGGUGUUCUAUGUGCUAUCUUCAACGCAAUGAGUUAUGUAUCUGCUCUUACCAUUAUGCCAAAGGUUAUAAAAACCAAGAGUGUGAAAUAUAUGCCAUUAUGCCUCUCUUUAGCCAUCUUUCUUGAUGGUUCGGUUUGGACAAUAUAUUAUCUCAUGAGUCCCAUCGAUCUCAUCCACCCCUUCGGCUUUUAUGUCAUGAUCAGCACCGGUAUUGGAGCAAUAUCUGGACUUGUUCAGCUCAUACUAUAUGCUUAUUAUUGGUACAUAGGAGAAAAUAAUGUUGAUGAUGAUGCUCAUCAUGUUCUAAAUCCAGUUGUGGUUGUAGUCUGA